AUGCCGCUCCAGUCCACACUGGCUACCUCUGGCUCUGAGGAAUCAGAGACGGCUACACCCGACAAACACAAAAGCACGAGGAUGAAAACGGGUUGGGCCUACCCGGCCCAGAAAAUCGGCCUGUCUGACGACUUAUGCCGCAUCGUCAACAUUGCCUUCAACACAAAUCCUGUUUUGUCCAGCGAGACAUCCGCCUACUUUAGCGGUGCCGACGAUGAUGUACAAGUCAUCAACUCUCCCAACCCCGCCUCCCACGACCUGAGGAACACUGUCCUGCUCAAAGCAGAGGAAGCUCGUCCCUUCGAAGCCCAUAUCGUUCCGGUCACGGGUAGUAUCCGCGUCAGAGAUGGCUAUGGCAAAUGGCACAAAAUAUCUAUUUCCGGCCGAAUGUUUGCCAACCUCUGGAUUAAAGACAAGCACUGCUGGAGCAAGCGAGUCCACCCCGUCAACAAAGAUAUGGAGAAUGUCGAGUUCUGGAUCCUCGAUCAGGGUGCAGAGACCUUCCCCCACGAGUCGUUUGUGAAUCGCACAUUCACCGUCGCACACAAAUUAGACAAGCCUAAUGCUGGAGCUCUGAAACUUCACCGUGGAAGCUUGUACAAGUCUCUUCCCGAGAUCGCGGAUGAUGAGACAGUCAAUAAUGCGAUGAAGCACCAGCGGGCCAUGGUCGCCGCCGACGCUGCCAUGCAAGAGUGCCUGAGGGGAAGUUGA